AGCGAAUAACAAAGUCUUUUGGCGAAUUAUUAAGAGAAUAUAAAACCCGAAUUAAGGCCCCUUGCGGCCGGAGAGCAGACGCGCGCCCGAGGAGCAGCGAGCCGGGCCCGGGGCACAGCCUGAGAGGCAGCAGAGGGGGAAGAGGCAGGGUUGAGUUGGAUAUUUUGCAGGGAGCGUUUGAGUGCGUGUUAUGGCGGCCUCUGAGGGCAGCCGAGAGCGGUGAAGGAGGAGAGAUUUUGCCUCUUUUCGCGCCGCGUUUCCUCUCCUCUUGUCAUUCCCCCUUUUCCCCGAGUGCGAGAGGAGAAGUCGCAGCACAUAAUGGACAAGCCAGAAGUAGAGAGCAUGGAGACGGACGAUGCAGAGAAUCCUUUGGGGGAGGGCUUGAAGGAACCUGAUACCGGAGAGUCGAGUGAGGGAGCGCAAGAGGGAGGAGAUUCAAGUGAUGAAACAAAGAAAGGAGACGAAAUUGAGGAAGCGGAGAAAGGAGAUGAGAGCGAAGAAGGAGCAGAAGGGGAAGAGAAAAGUGAGGGGGAUAAAGAUGCAAUUGAGGAGGAUAAAGACGCAAGUGAGGAAGUGAAAGAAAACUGUGAGAGCGAUGAAGCGCAUGUUGACGGGGACAGCGCAUUGGAGGAGAGCUGUCAGAAAGACAUAGAUAAUGUGACAGUGCAUGAAAGGGAACCAGAGAAGGAGCAGGAAAUGGAGUGUGGAGUAGACCCAUUACUAGAGAAUAAGGAGAAAGAUGAUGAUGAUGAUGAUAAUGAGUGUGGUGAGGGAGACGCAGAGAAUGAAGAAAGUGGAGAAAAUAAAGGGGAUUACAGUCUUAGCCUCAUGGAAUGUGAACUUGAAAAAGACGAAAGUACUGGUGACAAAGGAAAUCUCGAAGACAGUAAAGAAGUGACUUCUUGGGUAGAUGUGAGUGAUAGUCAGUCCAUGGAUUUACAGAAAGAAGACUCGUGUAGUGGGAACGCAAAUGGAGAUGAGGUGGGGAAUAGCUCUAAAGAGGAUGCUGGGGACACCAAGGGAGAUGAGAGUAAUGAGGAUAGUCAAAGGAAUGAGGUGAUGGAGGUAGAUGCAGGGAGUGAGGAAUCAGCGAACACUCAGGAAAAGAAAGAUGAAGAUGUGGAGGAAGAAAUAAUUGAACUUGAAGUGUACAAAAAGCCAGCUGAAGUUGUGGACUUGGCUAAUGAUGAAGAAGCAGAGGUGGAUAAAGAGGAGGAAGAAAAAGUUUGUGAAAAAGACGCCAUCUCUGAUGACCAGUGUUUGGACAGCAAUAACAAGGGGAUUAAACUAAGAUCUCUAGCCUCUCUCGUUGAAAAGGAGACGCAAGAGGUGAGAAGCGAUGAUAACUCGACCGAAUCAACCAUCUCGGUGGCCACACCUUUGGCAGAUGGACCUGCGAUUGGUGAGAUCCUUGAGCACGGGGAGAUCAUAGGUCCAGCAGAAAUGGGGGGCCUGCAGCUGAGGAUAUCGAAUGUGGUUGGGGGCGAGGACAGCAUCACGGGGCUAUCGACCGAUGAGGACCGGGAUGCCUUUUGCAACAUCCAGAUCUCGUCGGUGACCACGCUGAUGGACCCCAUGAGUCCCGAAGACCCUAACCAGGACAAGAGCCUCAGCUCGCCGGAGAAGGACUUAGAAAAGCAGCUAAACAAUGACCACAGUGAUGAGCCAGGAAAGGAAGGUGAUGACUCGUCGGUCGGUGGAAUAAAAAUUGUUAAUUCUGAGAGCCUGGCCGAAAAAGAUGCAGGGAAGGAGGAUGGUGCCGACGGCGAUUCAGUUGGGCCUAAAAUCAGACUCAGUAGCGCUGUGUCGGCCACCGUGUGUGAGUUUCGUGUCAAGAAGAAGCUGAAGCAGGCAGUGCAUGGCUUCAUCUGCUCGCAGGAGUGCAAGACCAGGUGGAUAGAGAACCUCCCAUCUGACCACAUUGUGGAGAAGCCGCGGCUCAUUUUCGAGAAGCUGUGCGGCAUGUGUGGCAAGGACUUGAGCACCCUAAGCCGGAGCAACCAGUUCUCAUGGGAGACACGAGAGUUUUGCUCACAGAGCUGCCUGACCUUGCACUUGAAUGAAGUCGCUGGAAAGUGUCACACUUGCCAAGAGAGAGUACGCAUUCUCUUUAUUGGAAAGUACUGUGUGAGAUUUGGCUCCGACAUCCACCAGUUUUGCUCAAACACGUGCUUGGAGUGUUACAAGACCAAAAUCAAGGUGUGCUGCUACUGCCAGAAGAACUUAGACAAGGUCGAGAAAGUUACCUCCACAGCGAAUAAGGAGUAUUGCAGCACCAAAUGCCUAAAGCGGACCCAGAGGAGGGACAUUGGCCAGCAGAACUACAAUGAAAACCUCCCCUGUACCGUUUGCCAGACUCCAGGAGUGAAUCGUUACGAGUUCCUUUUGAACGGAGAGCCACACCAGCUCUGCUCUGAUCCCUGCCUGAAUGUCUACAAAUACGUGAAUAAAGUAAAAGCUGUUGCGUGCUGCCUAUGUUUUCGUGUAAUGAAUGCAGAGGAGGUAUGCCAUUACCUCUACCAUGGGGGACAUCAACUAAGAGUAUUCUGCUCUGACUCCUGUGUAAAUGUUUUCAUCCUCUCGGCACGAAAGAUAGUAGUCUGUGACACAUGUAAGGUUAAAAAAUAUAACUUUGAUAUGAUACAUAGACAAAUUGAUGAGGAUUUCCUAGACUGUUUUUAUUGCUCAUUAAAUUGUUUGAAAUUUGACCAGAGACCAAGGAAAUCCAUAGGGAGUGGGACGUCCACCACCGCAGAAAAUUCCACAAACACCACAACUACCACAACCACCACCAGCUCGGACACCUCAGUCACUUCGUGUAACAUGUGUUCUGCAGUGGCCAAGGCACAAUACCACAUGGUCAUGUCUGACAAUACCUUACGGAGCUUUUGCCGAUACUCGUGUGCGACAAAAUUCAAGUCCAUUUUUGGAUUCCAAGUGGACGGAGUGCAGACCACAAAUAGGCAAACUACAGUCAAGUCAGGACAUAAGCCAUCUACUCCAGUAACCAGUGAUGCAUCCCAGACAACUGACAGCAUUAGCCAAGCUAAACAAAAGUCAGCCACAACUGUAGAGGACCACCUAAACAUGUCCUUUGUGCAAAUAGUUAAGCAGUGGCGACGGACCACCAUAGGGAGAGAAGGAUCCGUGUCCAGAACCGCGCUUCUCAAGUAUUAUCCUAAAAAGUCCUCAAUCGAAGAGUCAAAACCCACGCCAAAUUAUGAAAUGCACGAGAAUCGGGACGACCCUCUAAGAUGCCCAGUGAAGCUUUACGAAUUCUAUUUGUCGAAAUGCCCAGAGAGUGUGCGUAACCAGCGAAAUAUCUACUACGUGUAUCCUGAGAGAUCGUGUAUACCAAACUCACCCGUCUGGUUCUCAACACAGUCUGUACAGGCAGCGAACAUUUCCAAAAUGCUGAAUCGAGUUCUCUUAGUGCGGGAGGUCCAGGAGGCCUUGACAGAGUGAAGCAGGUGGCAGGUGUUAUGCAAAUCAAAUGGUAUCAUUUAAUGAGAUGUGGGAGUGUAUCGUUUAUUGUUUGGCAUUGAG